GAAAGAAUGCGACUUUUGGUGGCUGAUGGAAAAACUAUCAGCUCAGAGGUUAUAUCGCUAAAUGUUAAAGGACCAGGUCUUCAAAGGAUGGUUUUGAUUGAUCUCCCUGGCAUUAUCUCUACUGUGACUACCGGAAUGGAUACCAGUGCAAAAGAUGUAAUUCGCCAGUUGGCUAGGCACUAUUUAGAAAAUCCCAAUUCCAUCAUUCUUUGUAUCCAAGAUGGCAGUAUUGAUGCUGAGCGCAGCAAUGUGACAGAUCUUGUUUCUUCAAUCGACCCUCAGGGUGAACGGACAAUUUUCGUCCUUACUAAGGUGGACAAGGCUGAGGAAAAUUUGCACAAUCCAGGGCGCAUCAAACAGGUUCUUGAGGGAAAACUCUUUCCAAUGAAAGCCCUUGGUUACUAUGCCGUUGUUGCCGGCUCAGGGAGUCAUGAUGAAAGCAUUGAGCAAAUAAGAGAAUAUGAGGCAAAGUUCUUCCGAAAUUCUCGACUUUUCUUGGAGAGUACUCUUUCUUUCUCACAAAUGACAACCGAAAAUCUCAGCAAGGCUGUAUCAGAACGAUUUUGGAAGAUGGUGAAGAACUCCGUCGAACAUCAGAUGGAUAUCUACCGGGGGUUUCUAAUUUUCUACUUUCUUCAUCGUCUCCCAUCCAUAGCUCUGCGCUUGAACUUAGAAACAGAAUGGAAGAACUCUUUCCCACAUCUACGUCAGAUGGACCGUGAAGAAUUAUUUGAGAAGGCCCGCAGCGAGAUCUUGGACGGGUUGGUCAAUUUAUCCGGGAUCAGUGCUGAGGCUUGGGAUAGCAAGCUAUCUUCUAAUCUCUGGACUCACUUAAAGGGCAAUGUUUUCAGGAAUAUUUUUGAGCCGGCACAGAUGCUUGAACGCGUAGACGAUUACAAAACUCUAAUUGAUAUCAAAUUGAGGGAGUGGGCCGAACGUGAUUUGCCUCAGACAAGUGUGCUGGCUGGUUUGGAGACGCUUUACCAGCAGUUGGACGAGACCCAUGCUGCAUUCACUCAUAGUCCUGGUUACGAUCCUCUAUUCGACCAACUAAGGACGAAUGUUCAUAGGCUUACCAAAAAUCGGCACAAAUUGGAGGAGAAGGCUAUUGACAGGCUCCGUGUGGUUCAGACUAUGGCCUUAGAAGACAGGACAGUGCACUCUAAAGCAGAAUGGGACGCCGCUGUUUCUUUUAUGGAACAAGCUAUCGAAGAAGCCCUCAAAGACGCAUUUUUUAAGGCGAUUCUCUACCCUUCAGAAUUAUGA